CCUCCUGGACGGCCAGGAGAUGUUGGCCACCCUCUCUCUCUUUCUGGGGCUGCCCCUCGCCCUGGCCACCCAAAGCUGCCCCCCGCUCGUUCCCGUCACCUUCGACAGCACCACCAUCCCCCAGAUCCUGGGAUGGUGGUUCUACAUUGCUGGUGCCUCCAGGUAUCCCCCUCACCUGGAAGAGAUGAGAGCAGUGAAAUUUGAGGCUUUUUCCUUCUCUCCCGGUAGCCAUGAGGAUGAGAUCAACAUCACCGAAAUCAUAAGAAUGAAUGAGACAUGUGUAAUGAGGAACUCCAAGGCCCAGGUCCUCCAGCAGAACUCCACCUUGGUGCACGUUGAUGAUAAUGGCGUGGCUUCCGUGGCCAGAAUGAUCCAAAGUGACAAAGACCUGCUGAUCCUGAACCACAUCAGCACUGACUUCCCAAAUCUGAGUCUCUCAGCACGGACACCCAACGUGAGCAAGGAGCACAUGGAGGAGUUCAAAGCCCACCUGCACUGCCUGGGCUUCACUGAGGAGGAUGUGUUCCACACCUCCACCGAGCAUGCCUGUCCCCUGCCUGGGGGUGAAGAUCCACAGCUGGGCUAACCCCCAUGGACCUGCUCAGCUGCUCCAUCCUCAUCCUCCUCCAGCCCCAGCCAGGCUCAGCACAGCCUCAGAACCUCUCAGCCUACCCAUGUUUUGGUUUUUCCUCCUGGAUUAAACACCCAGUUUCACUGUUCU